AUGGACGAGGACCAGGGACCAUCGCAAAUCGUCCCGGAGACGUCUCCCAAGAGGACAAUGGGACACCGCCUCCGCGGCGCCAAGAACCGCUUCUUCACCAAAGACGGCCUCGUUGGUGAUUACGACUACGCCUUCCUGUUCCGCCCAAACCUACCCUUCAUGAGGAAGAGCCUGAGAGCCGCCCCCUUCUUCGGCCUCAACGACCGCAUGCCCACACUACUAGCCCUACUAUUGGGCUUUCAGCAUGCCCUCGCUAUGUUGGCCGGCAUCAUCACGCCUCCCAUCCUUCUGAGCGGUGCCGCCGGCGCCAACCUGACUGGCGAGAUGCAACAGUACCUCGUGUCGACGGCUCUCAUCGUCUCGGGCCUGCUGUCCACCAUCCAGAUCACCAGGUUCCACGUCCCCAAGACUUCCUACUACGUCGGCACCGGCUUGAUCUCCGUCGUCGGCAUCUCCUUUGCCAUCAUUCCUGUCGCCCAGGGCGCUCUCGCCCAGAUGUAUGCCAACGGCUUCUGCCCAACAGACGCCGACGGGAACAAGCUCCCUUGUCCCGAUGGCUACGGAGCCAUCAUCGGCUCCAGCGCUCUCUGCGCCCUCAUUGAAAUUGCCAUCUCUUUCAUGCCGCCCAAGGUCAUGCUGCGUGUCUUCCCCCCCAUUGUGACCGGCCCGACUGUCAUGCUCAUCGGCAUCCACCUCGUCGAGAGCGGCUUCCAGAACUGGAUGGGCGGCUCCGGCCCCUGCGCAAACCCGACCACCGACUUCUUUGCCCGAUGCCCCAACAUCGCCGCCCCUCAUGCUCUUCCCUGGGGCUCUGCAGAGUACCUGGGUUUGGGGUUCUCCGUCUUCAUCACCAUCAUCCUCUGCGAGCGCUUCGGCGCCCCGAUUAUGAAGUCGACCUCUGUCGUCAUCGGUCUGCUUGUUGGAUGCAUCAUCGCCGCCGCCUGCGGGUACUUUGAUCGCUCCGGUAUUGACAGCGCCCCCGCCGUUUCCUUCGUCUGGGUACACACAUUCAAGCUCACUCUUUACGGUCCACUCAUCCUAGCUGUCGAGCUGACCACACUCGAAAGACCUUUGCUCGCAGUGUACAUCAUCUGCGCCACCGAGGCCAUCGGGGACAUCACGGCCACCUGUGAUGUCUCCCGUCUCGAGGUCGAGGGUCGUCUCUUCGAGUCACGCAUCCAGGGCGGUGUGCUGGCCGAUGGCAUCAACGGUGUUCUCGCCGCUCUCAUGACCAUUACGCCCAUGACCACCUUCGCCCAAAACAACGGUGUCAUUGCCCUCACUCGCUGCGCCAACCGUAGCGCUGGCUACUGCUGCUGCUUCUUCCUCGUCAUUAUGGGCAUCUUCGCCAAGUUUGCCGCUUCGCUCGUUGCCAUCCCCUCCUCCGUCUUGGGCGGCAUGACCUCCUUCCUCUUCACCGCCGUGGCCGUCUCCGGCAUGGCCAUCAUUACGAAGGGCGUGCCCUUCAACCGCCGCAACCGCUUCAUCCUCACCGCCGGCCUGACGCUCGGUUACGGCGCCACGCUCGUGCCGACCUACUUCGACAACGUCUUUACCUACGCCGGCGACAACCGCGGUCUCCGAGGCUUCCUCGAUGCCAUCGUGCUUAUCAUGGAGACGGGCUUCGCCAUCACGGCCUUUGUCUGCAUGCUCCUCAACCUCGUCCUCGCCGAGGAGAUUGAGGAUACCGAGGGCCAUGACGUUGUCCCCAUCGCCGGCAGUACCCCGUCCAAGGAAGCCAAUGGCGCAGACAGUGCCCGCGGGGCGGAUUCUGAGGACAUUCAGCCUGUUGGACACAUUGGCGGUGCCAAGGGCGACGAGAAGCUGUCUUGA